AGUGCUAUUCAUUCAUUCAUAUAUAUAUAUUUAUAAACGUAGUGAUUAUAUUCUCUUUGGUGCUAUUCCCUGCUGUAUUUUAAUGUUUUUGAAAACUCAGGUUUAUUGAUGAAAAACAGAAUUCAAUUAUACGAUAGCUACAUGAAACAGGAAUGGCCUUUAGUGAAGUUUGUAGAAUUUGUUUAAGCGUUAAUGUACGCAUGUUUGUACUAAAGAAGACUGACCUCCAAAAUUUGUAUAAAACAUUGACGAACAGUUUUGUGAAUGAGGAUGAGAGGCCCAUAAUUAUCUGUUUCAUUUGUCAUGCAAAACUCCAUCGGUGCAGAAGUUUACAACAACAGGCCAUUGAGUCAAAUGCAGUUCUGGAGCAGUUGCUUGGAGGAGGGUCCAUGUCAAUACAAAAAUCACAUGAGGCUAGCAAUAAGUUUAAAUUCACACCAAUUUAUCAUAUAGAUAUCUGGUCAGUAGAGUGUGAUACAGAAAAUGGUAAUAAGGAUGAAAAUUUUAGCCUUGAUUCUGUUAAAGUAGAGGACGAGAAUUUCGAAAAUGAGAAUUCAAAAUUUGAAGAAAAUGGGAAUCAUAAAACAGAGACUGAUGGAAAAGCAGAAGACUUGGAGAAUGAUGCUAUUGGAGAUAGACAGACAGAUUCGGAGGACGACUUGCCACUAAUUGCAAUUAGUUCAAAGAGGAAAGAGAAAUCUAAGACUGUAAAAGUAAAAAAGAAGUGCAAAAAUAAUAAAAAUGUUGAUUAUGACAACAUAGAUGUAGAAGCCAUUGCUAAUGAAAUAGUACUAACCGUAGAGGAGCAGAGGCAAGAGUUACUGGAUAGAGCAAGCUCGGAGAAUUAUUUGAACGCCAUGUAUAAAUGUGAGAAGUGUUACAAGGGAUUUGUCCACCCUCGAGCCUACAGCAACCACAUGAACAGGCACGACCAGAAGAGUGGUGAACACGAGUGCGGGUUGUGCCAGAUGCGGUACAGCUGUGUACGCUUACUGCGUGCGCAUAUCAAUUCGGCGCACGCGCGUCGGUACGCAUGCAAGCGUUGCCCGCACAUAUCGCAAACCAGAUGCAAGGCGAGAGAGCACGAGAUGUGGCACAAUGGUCACACAUACCCUUGUCAAAUUUGUGGAGUGAUUUUUGAAAAGCCUUCGACCUACCACACACACACUCGCAAACAUCAUUCGGAGAAAGUAUGCGUACGUUGCGGCGGCAGUUUUAUUGGCGAGUAUGGCCUGUUCAUGCAUUUGAAAAAAGCCCACAAAAUGGAUGAACCGGAUCUGGAAAACCCUGACGAGGCGGCUUCGGAGCGUUUCUGCAGCAAAUGUAAUAUCCAAUUCCUCACUUUGAACGCGUGGAAGAGACACGUCCUAACAUCCUUCCAACACAUUGCUUCGAAAGAAAGCAGUUACCAGUGCGACCUCUGUGGUGAACAAGUGACCCCGCUGAGUCGAUCCUCGCACUUGCGCUAUCAUAUUCGUGAGUUGAAUCUACAGUACAAGCCAGCGUAUUCCAACGUUCCUUCGGUCACGCUGCAAUGCGAACAGUGUGACGCCCAGUUCGCCAGGCGUCGUUACCUGGAAGCACACGUGAAAAGGGUCCAUCUUGGCUAUAAAUACGACAAGAAUAUUGUAUGUGAAGUUUGCGCCAAGAAAUGUCCGUCAGCGGCGGCGCUUCGAUAUCAUCAAAGUACGCACACGGGCGAGCGGCCGGUGCGCUGCCCGCACUGCCCCGCGCGCUUCGCCGUGCGCGCGCGCAUGCGUGUGCACGCGCGCACGCACACCGGCGAACGCCCUUACGUCUGCCGCACCUGCGGCAAGCGCUUCAGCCAGAAGCCCUCGCUCAACUGCCACCUCAGGGUUCAUACAGGCGCAAAACCGUACGCAUGCACUCAAUGUGACAAACGCUUCACUCAAUCCAACUCUCUAAAGCUACACAUACGGACAGUUCACCUCAAGUUGCCGCAAAUCAGGAAACCAAACAAAAACAAGACUGCCAAAACGCCUUCGGAUACGGCUGCGUGAAAAUAAAGUUGUCUUUUACU